AGAUGAUGACAGGAAAGAAGCCCACUGACAAUCUCUUUGAAGGAGGAUUUAAUCUUCAUCAUUAUGCAAGAAUGACCUCACCUGAUCAGAUUGUGGAGAUUGUGGACCCACAGCUCGAACAAGAGGCUGAAGCAACCGUUGCUAAUAGACAGAGAUCACGAUUUAACAUCAUAAUGGAUUGCCUAGUCUCAAUGAUUAGGAUUGGUGUGGCAUGUUCUGUGGAAUCGCCUCAAGAUCGUAUGCUCACGAGUAUAGUUCUCAAGGAGCUGCAUCUUAUCAAGAACAAUCUCCAACGUAGCCGGGGUAACAACUAGCAUAGCUUCAAGCUACAUAUCUAAAUCCUAAAGCAUACUUAGGUAUGAAUAAGUAGAAAGUGUGUUGCUGUGCAGUCAUGAGGUGUGAAGCUUUCUUAGUGUGGUCUAAUUUUACGCUUUUGGGGCUGUUUUCUGCACUCUUGUUCUAUUUCCUCACUUGGUUUGUACUUUGUACAGUUGAGGUUUUCUUGUGAAAUAUAUUGCUAUCUUAACU